AUGUCGGCCGCCCCGAAAGUCGGUGAAGUGACGACGACUUCGCAGGACUUCCCUCCGUAUCUCGACCUGGGUAGUGGACUCACUGCCAAGCUCGACGAACACGACUACGCCGUCCUCGUAGACCAUAGGCUAGAGUUCAACGCCCGUUGCUUGGGAUUCGGCCUCAAGUUUUUCCGGGCGGCGGUGUUGGCCGAGCUCGGCCGCGAUGGCCGGCAGUGGGAGUGGCCGAAGCCUUCUGCUGAAGAGGUGGCGGACAGGCUCGCCGACUGCGAUGAACCCAUUCGAGAUAAAGUGUGCGGCACCGUCCGGGACAGCGACGCGGGCUCUGGCCUCCUAUCAAUGAGCGCGCUGUGCUGGGUGGUGAAGAGGAUGGAUCGCCUGACCGGCGACGACCGUCGCAGUGCGACCAGCAUGGACAAGGUCCUCGUUUCGGGGUUGAAGGAGCUGCGGAUUCGGAUGAUCACAUACAUCAAGGAACACGUCGCACGAAAACGGUCAGGCCAUGUUGGAGUUGCUGCCGAUGCCUGUGACGACGACGCCGCGGAGGCCCCUUCGGCAUCCCAAGCAGUCGGUGUCGCCGACACCAGCGGAGAGGCCAGAGACGGUGUCGACAAGGCAGAUGAGAAGGCAGAAAGGUCUGUGGCGAGGACCGCGGAUCAGGAAAAGGAGGAGGAGGAUCGUGAGGAGCGUGAGCAGGGGCAUGGGCAGGAGGAGGAGGAGGAGGAGGAGGAGGAGGAGGAGGAGGAGGAGGAGGAGGAGGAGGAGGAGGAGGAGGAUGAGGAGGAGGAGGAGGACAAGGCGGCGGCGGCGGCGGAGGCCGUGGAGCAGGGUUUCGGGUCGGUGGAGCAGGUGGCGGAGGGGGAGAAGCAGCAAGAGGGGGAGGAGGAGGUAGAGUUCCCCUGGGCCGAAUUCGAGAUGGAGGAUGUUGAGGGAGCGGCGGCGGUGGCCGUGGAGGGAGUGGCGGCGGCCGUGGAGGGAACGGGUGGGAUGUCGGCGGAUGUUGUGUACGUGCGAGGGGAGGGUGCCGAUGUGGAGAAUGUCGGCGUGGAGGAGGCGCACGUGGUUGGCAAUGUGGUUGGCGACGCGAAGGAGGAGGAUAACGCCGCGGCCCCGACGCCGACGGGCGUGGAGACCACCACAGGGAACGCAGGGGUGGAACGCCGGGGUGGAGCGGUAGAGGCGGGCCGUCAACCGGGUUCCUCAGCAGCUGGUCGGCAGGCAACGCCGGCCGUCGUCGCGCAGCUGCGACAGGAGAACAGGUGGCUGAGGGCUGAAAAUGCUCGUCUCGAGACGGCGCUCGGAGUGGAGAGGGGUCGGGUGGACAGGUUUGCGAUGGGGAUUGGCCGCCUCGUGGACAAGCUCAGGUCGUUGGCCGACCAGGUCGCCGCCUCCGACCAGGACGCGUCGAGUCGGCUGAUGGACGCGUCCUUGACCAUGGCGACGACCGUGACGGAGAACAUCACCGCCAACAUGGGUCAAGCAUGGGAUGCGAUGAAGGCGUACGCCGAGAGGGCGGAGUGCUGGUUGGACGAUCUAGAGAAUCCGGAGGGGUUUAUGGCGGUGCAACGUGCGAACGCGGUCGUCGCCAUGGGCAACCACGUGGACGAAGCGAGGAAGGGAUUGGAGGAAUACAUAUCGAAGCACCUAGUUGCCGCGCAGACCAACAUCGCCGCCGCGGUAACUCAAUGCGUCGCCGUCCCGCCGCCCACGCCGCACGCCCCACCGCCAGCCUUCCCGGACACGCUCAUGAAGUCUUUCAAGGCGGACGUGUUGAAGGCGGUGACUGAGGCCACCCAGCAGUCGUUUGUUGCGUCCGGGUUAAACCUCAUAACCCAGGUGAUCGGCCAUCUGGCGCCUGGUCGGCAUGGGUCGUCGCCGUCGGCCAAUGAGGCCGACAAAAAGGGUGCGAAAAGGGCGGGCGGCGGAGAUGAUGCGUUGAGCUCAAAGCGGAGCAAGGGAGCCGAUGGGAGCCGCGGCGUCGGCCAGGUGGGUCCAGGCGGCUCGCGGAGCAAGGGAGCCGACGGGAGCGGAGGUACGAGCGUGGUCGACCAGCUCAAGAAGAACGGGGCCAAGGUGAUAAGGACGCACAGCAAGGGCGAUGGAAUCAGGAGUGCGGAGGGGGGCCCUGCCGACCAGGUUGCCGCUCAAGAGGCUGGACCAACAGCCCCGCCAUUGGUCGCCGAGAAGCCGGCCAGUCUAGCGACCGCACCAACGGCGAUAGAUGGCGGCGCCAAAACCGUCAAGGGACCGUCCGGCGGAGUGGCGGGGACCACGUCGAUCCCCCGCAACCCCCCUGCGGCUAGCAGCGCGCCGAUCAUCGCCAACAACGAUGGGCCGUCAACAACGAUGGGCCGUCCCUUGCAGCUUCUCCAGCACCAGCAGGCACGUCUGCCGCCAAGCCGCAUGGAGACCCAUCGACAGGACGUGCAGCAGCCUCCCGUGGUCGGUACCGCGCCGGCCACAACAGCACGUCGCUCGGUCACUCCCCAGGUCGCCGCCACAACGUCCGGUCCCCCACCUACCGCGCCUAUCAUCGCCGCCCGUCCUCCUGUGGACCCAAAGUCCGAGUUGCUUCGCGCCCGGUUAGGCGCACGUACUUUGGCAGCGCCCGCACGGGCUCAGCCGGUAUCCAGCUCAUGCGCGACGCGGACAACAACGAUGACCGUAGCUGCACACACACUCGGUGCGGCUACUGUCAAGGCGGUGGCGGAGAAGGGCGUGAGUGCAGCGCUAGCCACGGGCGGCAGAUCAGUUGACCCUGCACAGGCGGCGAAGGACCACAACGACGCCGAUAUCGCUGCCAUCCAGGACCUGUUGGAAGCCGUAAACCGCCCCAAGAAGCCCCCUGUGCUGGCCAUCUUGGACUUGGCGAGUCCCACUGGUUGUACAGCGGAGCCUAAGACGACCACUGCUGCGGUCGGCGCGGGAAAGUCGAAACAGAAGGGGACAGUGGACGCAGGGAAAGCGAGGCCGAGCUCGAAGAAGAAAACACGGGCGACGUCGGCGAUGGUGAAGUCGGUGGAGAAAGGACAGGGGAUGGCGACGGCGAUGGUGAAGGAGAAGGCGGCGGAGAAAGGGAAGGAGAAGGAGAAGGAGAUGGAGGAGAAGAAGGAGAAGGAGAAGGAGGAGAAGGAGAAGGAGGAGAAGGAGGAGGAGGAGAAGGAGAAGGAGGAGGAGGAGGAGGAGGAGGAGAAGGAGGAGAAGGUGGAGGAGGCGGAGGUGGAGGAGGAGAAGGCGGCGAUGGAGGAGGAGAAGGUGAAGGUGAAAGAACGGAAGGGUCAUGGCAUCCGCCACGAGACCACGGGCGACAAGCAAGGGUGGGUGGGCGAGAUUAAGGUGGUCGGGAACGAGAGCAGAUACAUCGGCAAGUCCCGCGAGAAGAUGGAGCUGGCGUACCUUCACUCGAUUGUGUACCUCCUGUACGACGGUUACGUCAGCAAGAUCCUCAUGGCCGAGCUCACCGGCUUGGAGGAAACAGUGAUGAAGCAGUGGAGGGCGGUGUGGAAAGAAGUCCGGUUCUUGCCGACUGGGAUGUGGACGGUGAUAUGGGCACGGGGCGCGUUCCUCCCAAAGACACGGAAGUAUCGAGCGUACAAGACAUUAGGCGAUGCGCACCACGACGCGCUUUUGCCCGCGAUCUGGUUCCCCGUCGAUGCCAACGCGAAGGAAGGGAAGCAGAAAUCGGAUGCAAUGAUGUCGGCCAUGAUUGAUCGCGUGUCCUUGUGCGCGGCGUAUGGGAAGGUCGCUGCAUCCGCGGCGAGAAAGGAGGGCGACACGGAUGAGACGACGGCGAAGGUCGCACAGGCGCUAUCGGCCUCCGCUUGCGCCAUGUGGUGCUUAGUCGAGGGCGACGGCGCCCAGGUGGCUGAUGCCGUGCGCGAAGGGAAGGCGGCGGCGAUGUUGGUCGGCGCGAGCGAGACUACCGCCGCCGAGUUCAAGAAGGUCAUGACGGCGGUGCCGGAGGCCGCGAUCAGCAGGCAGCAACCCCUCGGGGAGGUUGCGCACAACGUUGCACCGGCGCUGGAGUCCACCGCUCUGGCCAAAGCCUAUCCGGGGUUGGAUGUUGAUGCCGAGGCCAAACUGAUCGCACGAGCGACGGUGGAAACCCUCGCGUUCUGGGGAAUGUGCCCCGUGGAUGGGCCGAAACUCAGGAAGAUCGACAUCGCGGUGCCGCUUGACGCGCAGAUGGAGUACGAUAUCGAACACAGGGGGAGGAAGAGGCAGAGGGGCAAGCAGGGCAAGGACAGCUCGGGGAAGAAGGGGAAUAAGGGCAGAGCGGGCAAGGACAGCACGGCGGCGUAG